AUGAACUCAUUUAAAUCAAUCACAUCAUUAGCUAGUGGAUUGUCACAAUCAAUCUUCAAAAGAGGAUUCUUUGUUCGUGGUAGAAACACAAUGGAAAUUAAAGAUCCAAACGCUCCAACUACAUACCCAAUUAAACAUUUAUAUUGCUUUGAUCGUAAGGUUAAAGGUAAAGCAGGUGCUAAAUUAGUUAGAUAUAAUGAUUUUGUCCCAGCAACAAUUACAGGUGGUGGUUUACCAUUAAAAAACAUUUCAAUAGAAUGGGGUAGAAUCAAUGGUUUAAUCUCAAGUAAAAAGUUUUAUAAAGAAAGAAAAUUCCUUUUAAAUAUUGAUGAUAAAGAGAAAAUUAUUGGUAAAUUAUCACAUGCUCAACUUCAUCCAAUAACAGAAAGAGCAAUGUUUAUUAAAUUUUGUAGAUCAGCUGAAGAUCCAGAAACUUUCAAAUCAGAGGAAUUACCACAUUUAACAAGAGAAAGAAAUAGAAUAGAGAAAUUUCAAGCUGGUAGAGUUAUCAGAAGGGCAAAAGUUGAUCUCCAAAAGAUCGAUUUAUCAUUUAAACCAGCCAUUAAGAAAUCAGAUUUAUUAAAAGAUAGAUUAGAAUAG